AUGGCUUUAGCCGCGUCCCUGGGAGACGAGUGGAAGCAAGUUGGUCACUAUCUGGGCGUGCAGAGAGCAAGAAUACAGGCUAUCAUGAGAAAUGUCACUGUGGGUGAAAGAUCUGAGCAAGAAGCCAAGUACGACAUGCUUGUCACCUGGCUGAAAGGUGCAGCCAAAGCUUUAGACAAGGUGUCAGCAUUGUCAAUGGCACUUAAGUAUAGUGAUCGGCACGAUUUGGCAGAGGCCGUAAAGGAAAGGACCCGAGACUUCAGCGACAUGAGGCAGCAACACCUUACAAUAGCUAACUAG